GCGGUGACCGUGUUCAGCCUCGAUGAGGCCAGUGCCGAAUUCGUAAUGGUUCGCGACAAGGUGGAAAUCCCACAAGAAGCGGCCGAGUUCGCCAUAAAUGCAUCGCGCCAAACGCGUUGGUAUGCGCCUACCCGGGCGUUUGUCGACGCCUGCCUUGCCGGAAAGUCCGGCCCGUUCGGCAAGACCUACAACAUGCGCUGGUGCGCAGCCAUGGUCGCAGAUCUGCACCGCAUAUUGUGCCGGGGUGGAGUUUUUCUCUAUCCCGAGGAUGAGGAUACCAAGGGUAAGGGAGGGCGCUUGCGCUUGCUCUAUGAGGCCAACCCCAUGAGCAUGAUUGUCGAAGCGGCCGGCGGCGCCUCGACCACCGGCACUCAACGUCUUCUCGAUAUUGAGCCAUCGAGCCUGCAUCAGCGCAUCGGCAUCAUUAUCGGUUCGCGGGGCGAGGAUGGCGUCGUCGCCGUGAUUUUCGCCGUAAUGGCCAUACCGUUCAUCGCAAUGGCCGGAUGGGCCGUGGAUUACGUGCGGUUGCAGCACGUACAGGAAAAGCUUCAGAUCGAAGCAGAUUCCGCGGCUCUCAACGCUCUGAUUGAGGAUGUGGACUGGGAAGUUGUUCAUGAUGCCGCGAUGGCGGAGAUUGCGCGGAACUAUAAUGGAAGCUGGGCUCGGGAAGUCCAGGUUGAAGGCGAGUGGCUCAAUCAGUAUGAUUUUCGGGUGACAGCUUCAGCGGAUGUUCCGCUUGCGUUCAUCAAGCUGCUUCCUGGGAUUGGUGAUGUUCAACGGGUUUCGGUUGCCGCCGUUGCGCAAGUAGAGAGGCCCGACCUGAAAUGGGUGGCGCCCGAAUUUAGCGAACUGAGCUACGAGGCGGCCGACUUCAAUCGGCUUUGGCUCUAUUGCUACUGGAUAGAUCGGCCGGAAGGCGAUCCAAGCCAGCCAAAACGCACCCAGAUGGUGCCUAUCGCGGACAAUGGUGGUUCGAGCGCCAACCGUGACCUGCGAUUUGUUCCCGAUCCUGGCGAUCCCGCCGAUCCCGAUAAUCCAAUU